AUGGCUAGCUAUUGUGGAUGUCUUUGGCAUGAUCCCAAUAGCCGGAAACCUCAGUAUCUCCCGCAGGUCUCACUCAAGGCACAUGUAACCAUCUUGUCCUCUGCUGCCCGUACCACCUUGACACAGUCAUUUGUCAACCCAACUGACAGGGUCAUCGAAGAGAUAUUGUAUCACUUUCCUCUUUAUGAUGGCGUCAGUGUUGUCGGGUUCGAAUGCAAGGUUGGAUCUCGUCUCCUGCACAGCAAGGUGAAGACCAAGUCACAAGCCAAUACGGACUACCAAAAUGCCGUGGCUCAGCACCAGUCUGCUGCUGUCAUGGAGCAUACCCCCAUGAAUGACGUUUUUGUCAUUCGACUCGGCAACGUUCCAGCUCGCGGAAAAAUCGACGUCGACAUCACUUUCGUGGGAGAGUUGAAGCAAGACUCACAGACAGACGGCAUUCGCUACACACUACCAAGUACCAUCGCUCCUCGCUAUGGAACUGAAACUUCUUACAGUACCACUCAGUUAUCUUCAUGUCUGCCAGUCAACCUGCAAGGAAUGUCUAUCACCGUAGAUGUUCAGAUGGAGAAGGGUUUGGUGCUCCGAGAGCUGGAAUCCCCGAGCCACCGGGUCAAAGUCUCCCUUGGCCGUGUUUCUUCUACACCAGCAAUAUCCUCUACCUUUGAACCAUCACAAGCAUCUGCCUCCGUGGUUUCCCAGCAGCACGAUACAUCGGUGGUGCUGGGACAAGACUUUGUUCUUCUCAUCAAAGCAGAUGGGCUUGAUACACCCUGCGCAUUGGUUGAAUCACACCCAACUAUCCCUAACCAGCGAGCCCUGAUGGCAAGCCUUGUGCCAAAAUUCAGCCUCCAGCCGGCUAGUCCCGAAGUGGUCUUUGUCAUUGACAGAAGUGGCAGUAUGUGGGACAAGAUCCCAACGUUGAAGUCUGCACUCAGGGUGUUCCUCAAGUCUUUGCCUGUCGGUAUCUGCUUUAAUAUAUGCUGUUUUGGAAGUGACUACUCCUUCAUGUGGGCAACGAGCCAGGUGUACGAUGCAUGUAGCUUGAAGGACGCUUUGGGCUUUGUUGACACCAUAGACGCGGGGAUGGGUGGUACGGAGAUGAGACGAGCAGUCGUCGCUACCGUGGAAAAUCGACUUAAUUUCAAAGAUCUGGAUGUCUUGAUUCUUACAGAUGGAUUGAUCUUCGACCAGGAUCAUUUGUUCGAUUUCGUCGGCGGGAAGGCUGCUGACAAUACUGCUCGGUUCUUCACCCUUGGUAUCGGCGAAGAAGCAUCUCACUCUUUGAUUGAGGGAAUUGCAAGAGCUGGAAAUGGAUUCUGCCAGACAGUUACGGCGUAUGAAGAGCUUGAUCGCAAGGUCGUCCGCAUGCUCAAAGGCGCCCUGACCCCCCAUGUCCACGACUACAAGCUCGAAGUUGAAUAUGACACCGAGACAGAGCAUGAGUUCGAGUUUCUGAGCGACAUUGAGGGCAACACCGACUCUGAAACCGAGGCCAGGGACAAGGAGGGAGAUGGAGACGUUUCCAUGGGAGAAACAACACGGAGUUUGUCGCAUCCGAUCUCAUUGUACGAUGAAAACUUCCAGGAACUCAACAUGAACCUCGAUGCCGCAAAGAGAGCCACUGGAAAACUUCCAACGCUCACCCCUCCAAGAACGAUUCAAGCUCCCUACAACAUCCCACCUUUGUACCCGUUCAUCAAGACAAAUGUCUACCUCCUUCUGGACCCCCACUCGCCUGAGAAAACCCCAAAGUCCCUAAAGUUCAGUGCAACUUCCAACAGCGGUCCACUACAGCUGAGAAUUCCAAUCUGCGACAUCGGAACCGGCGAAACAAUCCACCAACUUGCCUCGCGCAAGGCCAUGAUCGAGCUCGAAGAGGAACAUAGCUGGCUCUCCCAUGCCAAGGAUGAGAACGGAAACAGAUUCAAACAGUUCCACGCUGAGACAAAGAAGCGAAUCGCAGAGCGUGAAUGCCAGAACCUAGGGAUCAAGCUCCAGGUCACUGGAAAGUACUGUUCGUUUGUCGCCUUGGAAGAGUGCAGCUCUCCGUCUUCGGAACAACAGCACGAACAACAUACCACAAAGGAACAUAUUGUAGAGCAGGUUUCUUGCAGUCAAGCGUUUGUUGGAUACUUGAGUACCCCAGCCCCUGCUCUUAUGUCCUUUCAUGCUCCAGCACUGUGCAUUGGUGGUGUACGUGGCUUACGUGGUGGUUGGAGCGGCGGUCUCCAUGGGUAUCCACCGAUGCAACAAGCUCUGGCAACAUGCAGAGCUCCAAUUCAACAGCCAAUAGGAUUUAGCUCGCAGAAUUAUGCGCUCUCGCAGCAAGGAUAUGCCCAGGACGGCUUUUUCAGCUCCACGGCAGGUCCUUCUGCACCCAGGCGCCUUGGAACCUUGAAUGCUAUGGUUGACGUAGCUGCAUCACCUGCACCCCAAAUGCGCGCCAACGCUACAGUUGCAAUGUCCUCAAUUCCUACCGUGCAAAAGACCACAGUGGAGAAAAUGCAUGAACUUAUCCAACUGCAAACCUUUGAGGGCAGCUGGAUGUGGUCGAAUGAACUCUUCGAGAUCCUGGAAUGCGACGCGAGCGCAACAAUCACGCAAUUGGCUACGCUGUACGCGAGUUCCAAUCAAACGAUUGAACAUGGGUUCCCACAUGGCGAGGAGUCGACGGCUCUUGCAACCUUGCUUGCAAUGGGAUGGCUGCUGAAGAAGCACUUGGGUUCGAGGGGCAUUUGGGAACUUGUGUAUGCCAAAGCUUCCGAGUGGGUUAGAAUCGAGUUAAACAGGAUGCAGAAUCAGGGUUCACCUGGUGCUAUCAUUGCAUCAAUCCGGGAUGAGAUCGUUCAUAUGGUCUAA